UUAGCACAAAUGUUAUCAUAAAGGUUUACUCCAAAACGCGCUUGGCAUAUUUAGGUCUCGAGCUGUGUGUGAGGCAGACCUGGCGCGCUGUUGGUAUCUAGGCAACGGUAGGAGGGACAACAAAAAAGUUGCGGAGUAAAGAUCCCGAACCCAUCGAUCUGUGUUACAUUCCACCAGACUGAUUUCUCUAUAUUUUGGAAAUAUGCCACAACGAGAUCCGUUUCCAUUCCCUCGACAUGAGAACGAUUACACAUUCACAGGGAGUAAGGAAAUUCAGAAACUGCCAUACGACAAGCCAACCCAUCUCGCCCAAAAUGACGAACCGUGGAGAAGACUCCAUAACAAGGCAACACAGGCCAGCUCUCGCCGAAAUGUCUUUCAUUAUGAUACUACAGCACCACAGGACAGUCUGGACAUUCAUCUAAAAUCCACAUACAAUCAUCAUCUAGGAUUAUUUCUAAGCAAAAACCAAACCGUCACGCAGAAGGAAACUGCUGCAGUGGAUAACGAGACACUGAUAAACCAAGAAUCAGAAGAAUCGAUGUGCGAGACUGAAAACAAAGGAAUGAGAGUGUGGGUCGAUAACCAGAAGGCUUCUAUAUACAGUAUUAAAGGCUCUAUAGAGUCUCAUCACACCGCCUCUACAAACCGAGGUUACUCUCGCAAGCACGAUGGCGGCUUUUACUCGACGUAACACAAUACAGCCAAAGCAGACCACACGGUUAAGCAGCGGGUUUCAACAACACCACCCACAAAGAUUUGGAAUUAAAAAGAAAAGAAAAGAGAACGUAUUCCUGUGUGGUCUCGUCAUUAAAUGAAUACAAUGAAUUUAGCUUGUAGCUCCGCAGGACUGAAGUUAGCCGACUGUCGAGGUUGAGGUGAGAUCAGAAUCGCCGGUAUACUCAGCGAACAAGCGAGGCCCACCGGACCGAGAUCCAGCGCGCUGCCUGCUCUAGUAUAUCUGAUCGAUUCAUCAUUUCUAACCACAGCUUCAACUGUGGAUGCCCGAGUUUUGUGGAAAGCCUCGCGAUCAUCGCUACAAAAGCUCCCGAGUCGGUUAUUAUCAUCUCUGUAUCCGAGCAGGGCAACAACUCGGAACAGAUCAAAUAAGAUCACGGUGUAGAUUUUUUUUUUUAAAUGAUCUCAUUCAUUCU